CUUAUCUCAUUGUCCACAGCCGUCAUAGUCGCUCGCAUCUACCUCCGACUCGGCAUACAAAAGAGAAGACUUCUUGGAAGCGAUAUCUGGAUGACAGCAGCGUGGGCGAUGGGAAUUGUUGUGGCUGCGUUCUGCAUCACCUUUAUCCGCUUGGGAGUCAUGGAGCAGGAUAUCUACCCAUCUUUGAGCAACUAUGAUGGUACAAAAAAAGACAAACAACACGUCCACAAGCUGCUCUGGAUUUCCACCCUCCCCUUUUUGACCGCAUUUUACCUUUGCAAAGCUGCCUUGCUUUGUGUCUACCUACAAGUCAUCCCCGUUUUUAUGAUCAAGAGAAGGAUGUUCCUUUGGGCCACUAUAAUCUUUGUGGGUCUUUCAUACCUUGUUACAACCAUCAUGUUCUUCACGACCUGUACCCCUAUCAGCCGAUACUGGACCCUUGAUCCCAACCGUCAAUGCCUCAUUUCCUCUUGGAUGGUAUUUGCGAGGACUUCGUGGACUCUGAACUUUGCUGGAGAUAUAUUCAUCUUUGCGCUUCCUUGGCUCAUUGUCCCUGACCUCAUGGUCAAAGGUUGGCUUAGAGUUGGCAUUUACUUCACGUUUCUCCUUGGAAUUAUCAACAUGGUCAUGACUAUUGUUCGGUUUGUCAAGCUGUAUGGCGGAAGAAACGAAGGCGAGUUAUCUUUGGUCACAAUUCACUUUUGGAACUCCCUGGAUUUGUAUAUUGGCUUGGUCAUCGCGUGCCUGCCCUCCCUUCGACCUUACUUC